ACGUGCAAGAGAUCUAUCUGAGGCACAAAAGAGGGACCUGGAGAGAAAAGAGAGAGAACUGAAUGAAACCAUGGAACAGGAGAGAGCGAUAGAACUGGAUGAAAGUUAAAUGGCUCCAGCUAUUAGAGAGAGACAACUGGAGAGAAGAGAGGAAGAACUGGAGAGAAGAGAAACAGAACUGGAGAGAAGGGAGGAAGGAACGAAACGACACAGCAGUGAGAUAGAUCGUCCUAAGAUGUCUGAAAGUGAGAACAAAUCUCCAACCUGCCUGAAUGGACACUGAAGCGAAGGAUUUUCCAAGAUUCCAGUGAAGGAGUACAACUGAUCAACUGAUUCAUCAACUGAUCGAUGAUAUGUAUAUUAAGCCGCUUUGAAUGAAAUCAGCUGCUAUAAAUGUGAAAUGUGAAUCAUACCCUAGUGCAAAAAUAGUAUAAGUACAAUUUAUGGCGGCUUCUCCUGAGCAGCGGCUCUUCCUCGGCCUUUGGCGGGAUUUUAACGACCCGGCAUCCUGGCCCGUCAGCCGUAAUACAGGUGCGGCUUUCAUCCUGACUCUGGAUCCUGCGGCUCACAUCUCAGGUGGCGCGACGUCCCUCAACGCACCCUUCCUGGACCCACGAGGACACCAGCAUGCAUGCACGGGGGAAGAGACCGAUCUCUCGAGGAGAGGCGCGCUUGGCAUUUAAACAGCGGCGGUGAUGAGGCUUCAUUCCAUUCAGCUGUGCCUCAUCACACGCCGCCAGCCCUCGCUGUUUCCACGCCCCUCCUCUCUCACACACCCACUCCCGUCGGGAGCCUGGUGAAGGGUGGCGAAUAAGGGACGGGGUGGUGAUGAUAUAAGGGGGAGGGCCACCGACUCGUCACAAUAUAUUUAAGUAUACUUAUACUUAUAUAUAUACUAUAGUAUACUUAAGGUCUGCUAAAUUGGAAAAACUAAUUUUGUACUAAAUGCAUUUUAGUUGUGCAAAAGCAGUGCUGAAGUUCAACUAAAGUUGUAUUAAAUAUACUUGUUUGUGCUAAAGUGGAACUAUUCCAAGUAUACUUAACAAACAAAUAUCAAUACACAGACUGUGCCAUAGUCUUAGGUGAGAACUCACACAGCGGCCUUAUUUACUUAAAUUAUAUGACAUACAAUACAAACAAUCCCCACAGACAUACUAUAUAUGGCUUUCAUGCAGCUACAGGAUCAUAAAUUGAGUUGCUUCAUUCAUCUCUUAUCGACACUAGUUGUUGGGCUGAGUGAGCAUGGACAUGUCAUUGGGUUUAUGAAGUGACGUCCUCUUUCAAAGGUUUCGUGCAGUUAGUUUAUAUGGGUAUGCAUGUGUGAAAAUCACUUUUAACAAGUUUCAAACAUGUUGUAGAUGGAAUUAAGAACCUAGCCAUUGUACUUUCUUAAAGAUGAAUAUAUAUAUUUCAUCUUUCCCCAAAUGCUUUUGUAAAAAGUAUAGUAUUUUACAAAUGAAGUUUGUGCUUGAUGAAAGCAUGAGGUAACAUUUAGAAUGUAUUUUCAGUUAGUAUAGAAAUGCCAAUCUAUUUUUAGUAUACUUAUCAUGAAACAAAUAUAUUUUAAAUACAAUUAAGUAUAUUUAUUUUUCACUAGGGUAGGUAUGUAAAAUUAGACCUGCAUGUUUUUUUCCAAUUCAAAAGUUGGUGAAAUCAUCAGUUUCACAAGUUCAGACUAAAGUGGUGGAUUAACAGUCACUUAGGCCGCAUUUACACUGCAUGGUUCAAGUGACCCAAUUCCGAUUUUUUCCUCCCAUGUGGCACAGAUCGGAUAUGGCCCACGACCGUGUAAGCAGGAAAAAAUAACAUGGAUUCCGAUAUUCUCCGAUCGGUUUCAGGCCUCAUUCAUAUGUGGAAAUAAAUCAGAUCUGAAUCAGAUACGUGCAUUUGCGCCUGCCGUGUAAGCGGUCAAAUCGGAUAUUCCCCUGUAAAUGCGACUCCUAAGUCAUUGAAAAGGGAGUUUUUUUAAACAUUUCGCGGUACAAAAAACCUGUAAAGAAUGAAACAUCUUUAGUUGAGUAGCAGAGUAUUAAUUUUGUUCGUUUGUGUUAAAUAAAAGGCGAUUUGACGCUGAAAUGUGUUGCUUUUGAAAUCACGCUGAGUGCUCGCUGCCGCUGUUGUUAGUGAUGACAGCUCGUGCAUGGACGAGCGCUUCAGUCCCGUUCGUUCCAUUGAAAUCACAAAAUAAAAUGCACACAAACAUAUCCCUGCCUUUGAUAUACAAUCACUGAUGAACGCAUUUGGUUUUAAUUACUAAAAAAACACAGACGAUGUGACAUGCUUCUACCACCUGAGUAUUAUUCCACUCGCAAGCUUUCAGCGGAGCUGCGUACAUCACUGUCCUGAAGAAUUGUGCUAGGAUAUAUAAUUAUUUUGAUGUAGCUAUAGAUGUAACUAUUCCAUUAAAAACGUUUCUAUAUGAAUUCCAUGUCAAUAAAUUAAACUCAAUGUACUAUUCAAAUUGAUUUGUGAUGUCAUAUGCUAUUUUUGGCUUGUUUCACCAAGUGCAGUGUAAAAUGCACACAUCGGAUAUGGGUCACUUUUAAAAGAAAUGUAAGCACGUCGUCCAAAAAAAUCGGAUAUAGUCACAAAAUCGGAAUUGGUCAUCAAGACCUGCAGUGUACUUAUAUAAUGAAUAUGAAAUCACAGUAUUCUACAAUGCAAGUCUUUUAAAACUAAUUGGUACUAGGCUGAUUGCUCACAGUUACAUCCAAAGCCGCCUAGUCAGUAGUCAGUAGUGUCAUAUUGAGUUAUUUUUCGUAGUUUGUUGUUGAGCGGGCCUAAGUGGCCAAAUACACACUAAAUUAUGCAAAUAUGGCAGUUCUGGCGAAUAUCCAGGUUUUUUCUUAAGUAAAUGUGAACAGUUGAGAAAGAAAUCGCAGGUGUGGGCUAUUGGAUCCGUUUAUGUCUUGUGAGAGCAGAGAAGUUCACAUGUCGCGUCUUUUGCGCGCUCAGGUUCUUUAUUUCAAAUGUAGAUGUGCCGCAAGUGCAAUAGAGGAUUUUUCAUAUAUGCACACUGAUAGUUUUCACGUGACGUCACACCCUUAUAGGAACGCCCACCUGGCGGGCAAAACGAUGCUUUGCUCCACUGACCGCCAGCUAUUUUUAUGCAGUUUGCAUCAAGUAAUAAUGUAGUAAAACGCAGAUAUUAAAAGGCGAGAUUCAGUGUACACCUUAUUGAUGAUGUAUAUUUUGUACAAGCAAGAAGAUGAAGCCAGAAUAUAAACGCAAUGUGCAAAGUUUCACAUUAAAUGGCUUCCCAUAGAAAACCAUUAGAAGGAAAACACUGAACCGUUAAGCGGACUGCGUUCAUAUUCCGGCCUCAUCUGCUUGCCUGUGUAAACUAUGCAUCAUUAAUGUAGUGAUUACUGAGUUUGAUCUUUUAAUAUUACUGUUUUAAAUAUAUUAAGGCACUUUAAUUGUUUUUACAACGUUUUGUCGCACUGUUUAUGAUUGAAAUAGUGGUCAGGUGCUUAAUAUGGAUUGCAGAUGACCAAAACUUGCAUUUUGUUCAGAAAUACCUUUGUUUUAUUGUUUUGAGAGGUGAUCUAAAUAUUUGCGGCUGGGAAACAGAUGAACAAUUGACGCUUGUGCUGCAGUUCUAUGGAUGUUUUGCCCUCCAAGUCUUCGAGCCGGUCACAUGACUGAAAACUAUCAAUAGGUCAGCACAAAAGUCUUUCAUAUUGGUGCGUGAGGAGGGGGAUCCGACAAAAUGAGGUGCCGGAUCUGGAUUCGGCUUGUUCCGGCACAAAUUAAGCCCUGCGUAGCAUGGUCCAUUUUUGCGCAUCAAUACCACGAGUUUUCGUUUUUAUUUGGCGUACUAUUUAUGCGCACUUUCAUGAGAUCGGGUUGGUAUUUUCUUCUUCAUUUAUUUUGAAAUAUUGUUUACAUAAAAUGUCUUGUUUUUUUAUAUACUUUUAAAUGGCAAUAUUAAAUAAUUUAAGCGGUAAGUAGUGUUUAAUUUUAUUAUGUACAAUGACUACCUCUUUAUUUCAAAUGACUUCUGUCCAUUGGAUCAACACACUGUAUCUUUAGGCUGCUAAUCUAUAGAGUGACAAUGUCAUAAUACAGUCAAAUAAUAGUGUUAAUGGAAAUAAUUCAGUGCAGGAUGUAAUUGUAGUUUGAUUAUAAUAUUGUAGUCAGAGUAGAGAGCGAAAUGCCUGUGAUACAAGCUAGGAGGGUAAAUAGCAAGUAAUGUUAUAUGGUCUAAUAGCGUCAUCUAGUGAAAAAGAGUAACAGUGUAUUAAAACAGCGAAUAUUCUGUCAUCAUUUAAUUUAAAGCUGUCCCAAACCCUUAUGACGUCGGUGGAACAUAAAAGGAAAGAUCUAUAUGUGACUGUGCUAUUUUAUUUAUACCCACAUAAGCAUGCAAUAACUACAUAAAAACAAAUAAAAUUGAAUGAAAAUGGAAGGGCAUCACAAACAUAGCCUAUAUUAAAUUUAUUAGCCGCAUUUUAUCAACUGGCGUCAUGCGUGCACGCGUAGAGCAGACGAAAUUCAGUGUCAGGCGAACGUAUGCUUACACUUACACUUACACACACACACACACAGUGUAUAGUUACAUUACAUAGCUCCAGGUUGCUGCUCAGGAUGAUGGUGUGCGUCACAAACUAACAGGUCAAAAUGGGGGCCUCGGAGUCACGUGCAAGAGCUCUAUCUGAGGCACAAAAGAGGGACCUGGAGAGAAAAGAGAGAGAACUGAAUGAAACCAGGGAAAAGGAGAGAGUGAUAGAACUGGAUGAAAGUACGAUGGAACUGGAUAAAAGUUCAAUGGCUCCAGAUAUUAGAGAGAGAGAUCUGGAGAGAAGAGAGGCAGAUCUGGAGAGAAGACUGAUGGACCUGAAUAGACCGAUGUGCUGGUUUUUAAGUGAGAUGGUACUGGGAAAAAAAGAGAUGGAACAAGAUAUAAAAGAGACAAAGCUGGAGAAAAGAGCAAUGGAUCCAGAUAUUAGAGUGAGACAACCGGAGAAGAGAGUGAUGGAAGCAGAUAUUAGAGAGAGAGAACUGGAGAAAAGAGCAAUGGACCUGGAUAGAAGAGCGAUGGAUCUGGAUGGAAGACUGAUGGACCUGCAUGUGGAACUGAAUAGAAGAGCGACCGAAAUGGAUAUUAGACAGAGAGAAAUGGAGAAAAGAGCAGAGAGAAGACAGACCGAACUGGAUAGAAGACUGAUGGACCUGCAUGUAUGGUCAGAUAAGCUGUAUAUAAGAAACAGAAAAGAAAUGGAACUGGAUGGAAUAGAGAUAGAACUGAAGAAAAGAGAGAUGGAACCAGAUAUUAGAGAGAUACAAAUGAAGAGAAAAGAGAUGGAACUCUAUAUUAAAGAGAGAGAAAUGGAGAGAAGAGCGAACGAAAUGGAGAGAAGAGAGAGCGAAAUGGAUAGAAGAAAAAGCGAAAUGGAUAGAAGUGAAACCGAACUGUAUAGAAGAGAGAGAGAACUAGAUAGAAGAGAGAGAGAACUGGAUAGAAGGGCAGAAGGAAUGAAACCUGUGCGAAGUAGCAGCAAUGAGUUAGAUCAUCCUAACAUGUCUGAAAGUGAGAAAUCUCCAACCUGCCUGAAUGGACACUUAAGCGAAGGAUUUUCCAAGAUUCCAGUGAAGGAUGAGUACAACCGAUCAACUGAUUCAUCAACUGAUCAAUGAUAUGUAUAUUAACCGCUUUGAAUGAAAUCAGCUGCUAGCUAAAUGUGAAAUGUGAAUCAUACCCUAGUGAAAAAAUAGUAUAAGUACAAAUUUUUCA